AUGCAGGAAAAAUUUUCUUCAAUAAUUCGUCCUCCCGUUGUUAUUAUGCCCAUCGCGGGAGGCGGAACGGCAGACGUCUGGGGCGACGACGACGACAACGACGACGACGAUAAUAAUAUUGGAGAAGAAGAGAAAGCGAACAAUAAGUUCAAUCUUCUCCAGCAAGAGUCAGAGACUCGACGAGAGAGGUUUUUCAACGCCGGUUAUCGAGACGGUUUAGACGUCGGGAGAACCGCCACGGUGCAAAAAGGAUUCAACGAAGGAUAUAAAACUGGUUUCAAAGAAGGGUUCGAGUUUGGACGAGUCAGAGGCGCAAUAAGAUCGCUAAAGAUAUUCAACAGUGGAAAAACGACGAAAGAUGAUGAUUCGUUAAUAUCAAAGCACGGAAUAGUUGGAUUGUCCAGCACAGAAGCGAGGAGGUUACUAUUCGCACACAGGACGAAAAGCGAGGACGACGAAGAAGAAAAUGUGGAGGUGCAUCCAAUGUUAACGCGUGAAGCUCUAGAGACGCUGAAGAAGCGAUUACUAGAGGAAGAAAAUGUAAAGCUUUAG